ACCAAGAAUUGCGAGAUGAAGAAUGAAGAAAUUUCAAUGUGCACUGUACCCCAUCAAACAAGCUUUGAAUAUUCUACUCCGAAUUUCAUUAAUUAAAAAAAAUACUGAAUAAUGUCCCACCAAUUUUUCCGGGAUCCUUCCGCAUUCGGCCGGCUUAUCUAAGCCCCCAUUUGAUUCUUCUUUGACAUUAGCACUACCAUCAUCACUCGAUAGUAUAUUCAAAUUGGACAUAGAGUGAUGCAUGUUUGUUGGGAGAAUAUAUAUCUUUCAUCGUAUCUCUGCUAUCAGCCGCCUUUAUUCAGGUCUGAUCCUUUGACUUCAAUAAAUGCUUGUCACGCUAUUUACUAUUGACAAAGUUUUAAGUGAGAUAUGGAUUUAUUUUAUGAUAAAGUUGCAGUCUUUCUUGGGUCCUUAAAUCGAGAGAGCAUAGUUUCUGUUUAAUUGUGUUUCUGUGAUUUCAAAGGUUUAUGCUCUGGUGUUGUUUGUGGGUUUGACUAAUCUUGAUUUUUGAUGAAGCCUUCAUUUACUUCUUUUUAAAGAGGAUCAAUACCAACUCUUCACCGUCUUUUGAUAGAGCCUUGCUUGGUGGUUUGCACUUUCCGAUGAUUUUUCACUUUGGUGUAUGUUUGAGAAAAGGAAUUUCUGAACCUAAAAUGGAAAUUCAGUUUUGUUAUGGCUUCAUCUAGCUAGGUUGUAGCCAGCCAAGCUUGUGAAGAUUCAUCUGCUCUGCCCUUCCAAACGAAAUGGGACUAGUUUUGCUAACAUUGUGGUUGCUUGUGGAAUCUGCUGCCUCUGGCUUGUUGGAGCAUGAAACGGAUUGUGGCAAGUACCAUGUUAGUAACUCAAAUGAUCCUAGUCGCCAACUCUUCUAUAUUGACGGCAAUUUGGUAGAGCGGUAUUUAUUCUGCAAGGCUAUGCGCGAUUACCAGGAGAGACAAUGCUUUGUUCAGGACAAUGUCAGAAACAAGUAUUGCCAGUCAUUAGAGAAACUGCCUUUGCUGUCUGGCAGAAAAUCACUCCACGCUGUUGCUAGAGAUGGAUAUAGUGAGAUUGAUUCUGAUACAACAACUUUGGGUGGAAAGGAUAAACAUGACAAUCCUAUAUUAAAACCGAAAAUGCUAGCCAUGGCAGCGCCGGCUUUCUUUCUUUUGUGUUGUACUAUAGUCUGUCCGUGCUUUCAGGCAAGGAAAAAGGAUUCUGGUCAUACUCUCUCCAGGGAACCAAAUUCAACUGAUGCAUUUACAUCUUUAGAAAUGAAUCCUAUACUUGAAAAGAUUGUUGGCAGCCCACAAAGAGUGCCGCCGAGUCCCUUGAGAGUGCCCCCAAGUCCUUCAAGAUUUUCAAUGUCUCCGAAACUCAAUAGGCUCGGCUCUGUUCGUUUAAAUAUGCACCAAGUUCUGAGGGCGACCCAAAACUUUUCUUCUUUAUUAGUAAUAGGUGAAGGAGGGUAUGGAACUGUUUACAAGGGCGAACUACCAGAUGGCCAGGUUGUAGCUAUCAAGCGAGCAAGAAAGGAGCAUUUUGAAGCCCUGCGGACUGAGUUCCGAAGUGAAGUCGAACUUCUAGCUAAAAUCGAGCAUCGCAAUCUAGUGAAGCUUCUAGGUUAUCUUGAAAAAGGAAACGAACGCCUGAUCAUCACGGAAUAUGUUCCCAAUGGUACCCUUAGGGAGUAUUUAGACGGUAACAAGGGAAACAUAUUGGAUUUCAAUCAGCGACUCGAGAUUGCCAUUGAUGUUGCUCAUGGCUUAACGUAUCUUCAUCUAUAUGCCGAGAAGCAGAUAAUCCACAGGGAUGUUAAGUCCUCGAACAUUCUGCUGACGGAGAGCUUGAGAGCCAAAGUCGCGGAUUUUGGAUUUGCUAGGCUGGGAGAAGACACGGAGAAAACUCAUGUAUCGACCAAAGUAAAAGGGACAGUGGGUUACCUCGAUCCCGAGUAUAUGAAGACGUAUCAACUUACGACAAAGAGCGAUGUGUACUCGUUCGGGAUACUGCUUAUAGAGAUAUUAACUGGGCGUCGGCCCGUGGACCCCAAAGGAGCGCCAGAUGAGAGGGUGACAGUGAAAUGGGUUUUUCGCAAGUACAACGAAGGGAGAUUCUGGGAGAUGGUGGAUCCUCUGGUACAUGAGAAGAUAGACAAGGAGAUAUUGGGGAAGAUGUUUGGUUUGGCUAUCCAGUGCGCUGCACCAACACGAGCGGAUCGGCCGGAUAUGAAAGCCGUGGGAGAGCAGUUGUGGGGGAUUAGGAUGGACUACAAGAGUGAGAGGAGAUGGUGAACGUAAGUUGUGCUGUGUUGAUGCUUUGUUUGCUGCUCAAUCACUAUUCUUAUAGAGUUUCUUCAUGCAUCGAUGACAUUCAUAUUUACCCUUAUAAAGUUCUCUCUCUCCCUCCAUAUUGGUUAGUGUGUUUUUUUAGAUGAAUGGCGUAUGUUUAUGGUUAAGUUUAGUUAGUGUAGUUGCACAAAUACAGUGCUAAAUAGUAAGCCUAGUCGAUUCCAGUUUGAUUUAUCGAGUCAAGCCUCGAGCUUUUUUUAAAAAUUCAUAACUUUAUCAACCCUAAGUGAGAUUUUUAAAUUUAUUAUUUAAAAUAUUAAUUAUUGUGCUCA